AUGAAUGUCCUUAAUACAGUAAAUACUCAAAGAAAUCGUUUGUGUCGACUGUUGAGAAGCUUCAUUUUACAAAACAGAAUUACCACUGAAUCAGAUAUGAAAUUUUAUCACAAACGAACAACAGAAUUAGAAAGUCAAUUAAAUGCAUUACAUGGAAAAUUCAUCGAAACUACAAACUUGAAAGAACUUCGUGAAGCACAAAAUAAUUUGAAUAAUUUCAAACGUAAUCAACAAACUGAACGAAAAAAAUCCAAUCAACAAAUUGAAGAGUUGAGACAACGUGAAGAGAAUGCCCAGUCUGAUAAUGAAAUAUUAAAGAGUAUUAUAACAGAAAAAGAUGGCAGAAUUCGUGAACUAGAACAAGCAUUACGUGAAAGUGUACGUUUAACAGCAGAACGUGAAAUUUACGCUUCUGGUCGAGAUGAUGAAACAAGACAUUUAGAACAACAGGUACGUGAAUUACGAAGUAAUCUAGAACAUUUUCAACGUGAACGAAAUAAUCUCUCAGCUCAAUUAGCUUCAGCACAAGAAGAAUUAACUGAUCGUGAAAAUCAACUUAAAACUCUAGAACAAGAAUGUUUCCAAAAUUAUUUACCUGAAUUGGAAAAAUUACGACGUUCAAAUCAUGAAGCGAAUUUACGUGUAGCAGCUAUGAUUAAAUUGACACAAGGACGUGAGCAUUCUUUGACUGAUCAAGAUCGUGCUGCGGUAUGUGUUGCAUGGUUUAUUGAUUUUUUGGUUACAAAAUAUCGAUUUGUUUUGUCGAUUAUACUUCGUCCUACUUAUCAUUGGCAGACAUGUACUACUACUACUGCUACUACUACUAUUACUACCACUACUACUGUGCUAUCUACUAUUCCACUCUUUCCAAAUAUAUCACUUCAUGGAACUUGGGCAGGAAUGUCUGCUGGCUUGGAAAAUAUCAAUGUUACAUCUGGAAGAUCUAUGUAUUUAGCCCCGUAUCAUACAGUCAGCGGUGGAUCAUUAUCUCCACAUUUAGCCGGGAGUGCAUUUCAAUUUAUUGGCAAUUCGUCCGCUUCUUCUGGUGGUGCUGCAGGUGCAGGUGUCGGGGGUGUCGGUACAGUCGGUGGCAGAGCAUCUGUACCCGGUCAACCUAUGGCUAGUCCAGAUGUGAUCAUGUUGACGAGAAUGUUACAAGAAAAAGAAAAUAUGCUUCAACAACAUUUACAAGAAUUAACUAGAUUAAGAUUUCAAAAUUCUGAACUUGAAAUACGUUUAAAAGCCACCCAACGUGAAUUAGAUACAAAAGCAACUCGUUUAAAUAUACUGGAAACUGAUCAUCAUUUAACUUCAACUGGUGGACUACAUGAAUUCAGUACAAGAUCACCAUCAAAUAAUCAAUUGUCGAAAGAAUUAGCCAUAUUACGUAAAACAAAUCAAGAAUUAAAUAUGAAAUUUAAUCAGCUACAAAUGGAAUUAGAUGAACGGUCACGCGGGGCUGGUGCUGGUAGUACUACUUAUGAUAAAUUGAAAUCUUCAAUGGGAUUACACACAACAGACUUUACAGAAAUGGCUACAUUGAGACGAGAACUAGCUUCUGUUAAAGCUGAACGUGAAGUAGAGGUUGCAAAUUUAAACAGUCAAAUUGAAAUAAUCAAACGAGAACGUGAUGAUUUCAAUGAAAAGUUUAAUGCAUCCAAAACUGAUCUUACAGAGAAAAUUAAUCAAUUACGUACAUUGGAAGCUGAUAAAGAUAAACUUAUUUUAGAGAAAGAUAGUUUACAAAAGAAAUACGAGUCUGUUUUAAGUCAAUUAGGUGAAAAAUCGGAAAAACUUAAACAAUUAGAACAAGAUUGUUCAAAAUCACAUAUUGAAGAAAUUAAACGACAAAAAGCUGAUCUUGAUGAUUUAAAACAUCAUGUUGGUUAUUUACAGAAUACAAUAAAAGAACGUGAAACACGUAUUGAAUUAACUGAAAAAGAAUCUUUUAAAUUACGCGAUGAAUUAACAAAUAUACGUAAACAAUUGUCAACAGCUGAAGCAGAAGUCAAAAGUUUACGUGAUGAUGCAGUUUACAGGGAGGAACGAAUUAAACAAAUACAAAAUCAAUAUACAGAAGAAUUAGCAAGGCUACGUUGUACUAAUCAAGAACAAGUAACACGUAUUGGACAUUUAGAAAUGAAAUUAGAUGAGAAAGGACAUCAAUUAAAAAGUCAAACAAGUGAAAUUGUAGGUUUUUAUUUUUUAUUUUAA